UAUAUAAGUUUAAGUAUCUACUUGUGCACAUCCAAAAUUAGAGUACAUAGACGUCUGUUAAGGCCAAGUUAAAGGGCAUAUUUAUAUAUUAUGCCGAAUAAUUUUUUGUUAAAAAAAGAACAUUUUUAUGCAACAUAUAGUAAGAUCAUACUUAUUUUGUACUGCUGAAUCACAUAUGUGUCAUUAGUUGACUUGAGCACAAAGAGGAACAUUGAAUACUUUGGUACAUAUUAUUCUUGUUUGCAUAUUGUCUCUCAAUGGAUGCAUUGGCUGAAACAGGAGCUGCUGCUGCUGCUGCUUCUUCUUCUUCUUUGUGGCCAUGCACUUAUGAUGUUUUCUUAAGUUUUAGAGGAGAGGAUGUUCGGAAGAAUUUCAUCGAUCAUCUAUAUACAGCAUUACAGCAAAGAGGAAUUCACACUUUCAAAGAUGAUGAGAAACUUGAAAGAGGAAAAUCUAUUUCAUCCUCACUUUUCAAAGCUAUCGAAGAGUCGAUGAUUUCCAUCAUUAUAUUCUCAUUAAACUAUGCUGCUUCUUCAUGGUGUCUAGAUGAGCUUGUAAAGAUCAUUGAAUGCAUGAAACUUAGGGGACAGAUUGUUCUUCCUGUCUUCUAUGACGUGGAUCCAUCUGUCAUAAGAAAACAAAAAGCAAACAUUGGUGAAUUCUUCGCUAAACAUGAGUUAGAUUUCAAAGAUGAUGAAGAAAGGGUGAAGAAAUGGAGGAUAGCUAUGAUGGAAGCAGCAAAUGUAUCUGGUUGGGAUUUGGGGAAUAUUGCUAACGGUUUUGAUAUCAGGUACGAAUCGCAAUGUAUCCAGAAAAUUGUAGAAUGUGUCAUGGAUGUAUUAGGUCAUACUGCUUGUGAUGCUACUGAAAAUCUUGUUGGAAUACGGUCCAGAAUGGGGACGGUGUAUUCCUUGUUGAAUCUGGAGUCUGAUAAAGUUCAAUUCGUUGGAAUCUGGGGAAUGAGCGGAAUUGGAAAAACAACUAUUGCAAGAUCCGUCUACGACAAGAUUUUCCGUUACUUCCAAGGUGCUACUUUCCUUCAUGAAGUUGCAGAAAAUUCAGCCAAACAUGGUAUCCAACAUUUGCAGCAGAUACUUCUUUCUGAACUACUUCUGUUAAAAGAUGUAAGAAUAAACAACAUAUUUGAAGGAACCAGCUUGGUAAGACGACGACUAAAUGGGAAAAGGGUCUUAAUUGUUCUUGAUGAUGUCAAUCAUGGAAACCAACUAGAUGCCCUAGCUAAAAGCCAUGAUUGGUUUGGUGCAGGCAGUAUAAUCAUCAUAACAACAAAGGAUAAGCACUUGCUUCGUCAAUAUAACGUGGACAAAAUGUAUAAAGUGAGUCUGUUAAACACUGAUGAAAGUAUUGAACUCCUUAGUUCGUAUGCAUUCCAGAAACGCCAUCCCAAAAGUGAAUACAGAGAGAUCAUAGCUGAAGUUGUUCAUUAUGCUGGUGGUCUUCCAUUAGCUCUUAAAGUUUUAGGUUCCUCUCUGUAUGGCGGAGGCAUGAUUGAGUGGAGAGAAACAGUGGAUAGACUAAAGCAAAUUCCAGAAGGCGAAAUUGUAGAAAAACUCAAAGUAAGUUUUAAUACACUAAGUGAGGUUGAUCAAAAGAUAUUCUUAGAUAUUGCAUGUUUCUUUAAAGGGAAGAAGAAAGAUUCCGUAAUUAGAAUCCUUCGCAGUUUCAGUUUUACUCCUGUCAUUGGCAUAAGGAAUCUCAUCGAAAAAUCUCUUAUAACUGUUUCAAAAGGGCGGAUUAUGCUGCAUCAGUUGAUCCAAGAGAUGGGUUGGCAUAUUGUUCGCAAAGAAGCUUCAAACAAUAUUGGCAAGUAUACUAGGCUCUGGUCUCCCGAUGAUAUUUUUUAUGUACUAUCUGAAAGUACGGUAAGUAUAUACUGCAGCACUUAAUGGUUGUUCGGGUGAAUGAAAAAUACUUAUUUCCCUAAUGUUA